AUGAAAACCAAAAGAGGUGCCGAGCGACGGGACAGUAGUGUUUCCGUUGGACAGGAACAAGAUCCCCUAGAGAGACGAAGACUUCAAAAUCGAGUCUCACAAAGAAAUCAUCGUGAGUCUGAUCUGGCUUGGAUUCAUAAGUUGAAGAUGAUACGAAUACCUCGAACAGGUCGAAAGAUUCGAGACCGAAUUGCAAAGCUUCAAGAGCGAGUCGUUGCAAAUGAAUUGAGGGCAGCCGCAGUGCUUAAUGGUUGGGAUCAGCUCUAUUCGCCGCCUCUUCCUACAAGCAACAACAGUUUUGCACUGGGGAGUAAUGAGUGGACUCCCAGUAAUGUCACUUCACCGUUAUCAGACUCAUCCCUCCUCGCCGGACCACCCUUUGACUGUGAAUCACAAUUUUGGCCUGUGUGGAGUGAUAGUACAUCACACUUUGCGCCCUCAACAUCAGCGUGGGAUUCUUCGAUAAUAUCAUUGAUACCAGGUCCUUCGUCGGGCGAGGAGGGGCGAUGCACACCGGGGUCAAAUCCCUUGGCAACUCAAAGAACCAGCUCGGUUUUUGAGACGUGUGCCAGUUGGCAAGCCAUGCCGGAUGGACAAAGCCUCGAAAACUCCUGUCUCAUGCCGAGCCCGAGCGCCAUAGCCUCAAGUAACUCGCCAUUAUACUAUACUGUCAAUGAACAUGCUUUGCCGCAGAUCCUCAAGUCACUUAGCACUGCCUGUCCUCAGUCUCAGAUUAUCGUGGUUGUCUCGCCGGAGCAGGCUUCACAAAAUACGCCCGGGUUCUCCUCCUCACAUUGGUCUCUCCCAACCUCUGGCUUGACAAGCCAUUUUGAACAAUCUGUGAGCGACCCGACCGUGAGCUGCCCAUGUCAAGCUCAAGCAAUACCCACUGCCGCCAAUACUUGGAUGAGGCCCGACCCUCUCUUCGAGUCUCACAGUGUCUUUGGACCGGUCGAACCUCUUCAGCUUUUCGAACCACGCAAAUGA